AUGAAGAACUUGAAGAUUUUAAGAUGUUGUAACCUCAUUGGUUUUCGAAAUCAACACCUUAUUGCUAUAGCUGAUGCUUUACCAUUGCUUGAAGAGCUCGAUAUCCAAUCUGAGUGCUAUAUCCAAUCCGAAUACAAUUAUAAUCUGUGGGCCGCAGAAUUUAAAAGUGCAAAGUACAUGGUAACUGAUGCUGGGAUUGAGGUAUUAUCGCGCAAGCUUCGAGGUUCACCAGAUGAUUCGUUCACUUUUGAGAAUUCCAUGAUUUAUGCAACAUCUUUAUGCGAUCUCGACUUAGUAGCAUCCGGAGAUAAUGACAGACUAAUUUGUUCAAUUGCAACAGCAGGCAUUCCAUUAGAGAAGUUCAUAUUGCACGAUGAUUUUGGUUUGAGCUUACAUGGACUCGUGACUUUCUUACGUGCAUGUCCGUCUUUGACACCCUUAGAACUGUGUGCUAUACAAUUCCUCAAUGACAAUUCCAUGAGGGAUUUAUGCCAAUAUCUUCCUAAUCUUAUCUCCAUAACAAUUUAUGCGUGUCAAAAGUUAACUGCUACAACCUUCUUCAUCCUUGCAAAAGAAUGUCCCGUCCUUUCAGAAAUUAAACUGCAACAUACUGAUCUAGAAGUAGAGGAUGAUUUUGAUAUGGAAUUAGAAAGGAAUUAUCAUAUUAGAUCUUUGGAGUUAAGUUAUGGGCGUGUGAAUGACGAAUUCCUGACAAAAAUAGGGGUUGUUUGCCCCAACUUAUAG